GCGGGAAAUGGAAAUUGGAAAAUGGAAGAAAGAACUGAAACUGAAAUAUUUACAAAAAUCUUUUCAUAGUUAUAUUUAAUUAAAAAUGCGAUACUUUUAUUUUUUGUAAAGUUAUUAAAUUUAUUAAACAUGUUUGAGUGGGCUUAUAGCGGUGCUAACAAAGCAGUCCCAAGAAAUGUCGGCCCCGAGUGUGCUUAUUUUCUAUCGCCUCAAAGACAAAUAAUCGAAACUUUAUUAGUAACAACGACCUGCGUGUAUAUUAUUCUGAAAACUUACCGUAAAUUGCAUAUUCCAAAAGAUAAUUUCUACGUAAAAAGUGACAGAGGUGGAAAAAGAUUACUUGUGAUACUAUUGGCUCUUCUAUGGGGCAUGGAAAUUGGUUUUAAAUUUGCAUCGCGGACUGUUAUUUAUCUGUUAAAUCCAUGUCACAUAACAACAUUGAUCCAGAUUUACUUAUUGGCUGCUCCACCAACCAAGACAGUCACAGCCUUAUUUCGCAUUCAUUUAAACUUGUUAAAUGGCCCACUACUAGCUUUCCUUUUUCCAGAAACUGCCUCAAGAACAAUUUUAGCAGAAGCUGCAUUAUAUUGGAUACAGCAUGGGAUGAUGUUUGUGAUACCAUAUUACCUGUUAAGAAUUGGUGGUGUUUAUAACAUAGAGCCGUGUUGGGAUUUUAACUGGGCUAUAUUCAGCUACUGUCUUAAUUUAUUAUAUCACUUUAUUAUUUUGCAAAUUAUUGCAAUACCCGCCCAAGUAAAUUUAAACCACAUGCUUUGUCCAGCGAUAUUGGAUCCUUUCGAUGGUCCAUGGUAUCGGAUUGCCGCAGUGAUUCAUCAAGCCAUACUCUGUCCUUUGCUGUGCAAACUGUUUUGCCUUCUCGCAGAUUUCUUUCUCACAAAGUUCCCGCCUACAAAAGUUAAGCCAUACAUGAAAGAUCUUUUACAUGAUAAAAAACUAGAAGACUAUGUUAACUAAUAAUAAUUGUUUUAUUAAAGCAAACUUUACUCACUACUCUACACCAUUGUAGCCCUACUGGGUUGGCCUUUAUGUUGUGAUAUUUGCGGCGGAAUCUCUUAGGACGAACAAAUGCGGCCGGUAGCGUCAAUUCAUUUUGUAAUAUCAGGAAUGAUUGCACUAAGGGAAAAUAAUUAGAUAUAUAUAAUAUAUAAAAAUAAUUAUAAUUAAUAAGUGAGGUAUGAAAGCUUUUAAAUCGAAAUAUUAAUAAAUAAACGCGAGACAACUAAGUAACUUUGGGAAUGAAUUAGCAUAAUAUAUAGUCCAAAUUUCGGCACAUUGUUUGAUUGUGUUUAAUCACGUUGUAAGUUUAGGAGCCAUUUAUUGUAUAAGUAAUAUAUUACAAUGAAA